AUGGUAAUUGGUUUAAUUUUGUUCCUAAAUGGAUUUUUUUUAACUCGGAUAUCACAAGUUGAACGAAGCAAUUGUACAUCAUGUAAAAAUUUAGCAAAUUACAACAUCGAAACACUACUAAAAAAUCCUGAGCUAGCCGGUGAAGUUUGUUCUGAAUUCCGUACAAGAGUUGUAUUAUUAGUCGUGGAUGCAUUAAAAUAUGAAUUUUUGGAUUGGCAAGAUAACAUCACUAAUCCAUAUUAUCAAAAUAAAAUUCCAGCUGUUCAUCAUCUUUUAAAUAAAUAUCCAAACAAUUCAAGACUUUACAAAAGUAUUGUUGAUCCACCAACAACAACGAUGCAACGCAUAAAAGCUAUAACAACAGGUACACUGCCAACAUUUAUUGAUGUUAGUUCUAAUUUUGCUUCCGAAGAAGUUGAUGAAGACAAUUUAAUCCAUCAAAUCGGUGAAAAAGGAGUUGUAUUUAUGGGGGACGAUACUUGGACAAAUUUAUUUCCUGGUAAAUAUUUACGACAAUUUCCCGCACAUUCAUUCAAUACCCGUGAUUUGGAUACUGUGGACAGAGAAGUUCGGAGUCGAAUAUUUUUUGAGCUGCAAAAAAAUGAUUGGUCAUUAUUGAUAGCUCAUAAUUUAGGAGUUGACCAUUGUGGCCAUAAACAUGGUCCAAAUCAUCCAGAAAUGACACGAAAAUUGAAUGAAGUUAAUGAACUCAUUAACGAAAUAAUAAACGCGAUCGAUAAUCAUACUGUUUUUUUUGUCAUUGGAGAUCAUGGUAUGACUGAUACUGGCGAUCACGGUGGAGAUAGUGAUGAUGAAAUUGAAGCUGGUCUGUUCAUUUAUUCAAAAUCUCCUCUUCAAAAUCCAAUAGAAGGGCAAAACCGUAAAACUCUAAAUCAAAUAGAUAUUGUACCAACACUUGCUUCAAUUCUUGGUAUUCCUAUACCUUUUUCAAAUAUUGGCUCAUUGAUAUCAGAUGCUUUGCCAGUUAUAUCAGAAACAUCAGACGUGUCGCACACUCUUCAUGCACUUUGGAGGAAUGUUUAUCAAACAAAAAAGUACAUUGACACUUAUUCAGCGAAUUCGUUUUUAUUUACGGAACAAACCCUUCAAGAGCUCGAUCAAUAUUACCAGAAUUUAUUUCAACAAGUAUCAAAAGUUAAUAAUCAGGAAGCUUUGAAAAAUUUUGCUCGGGUUGCUUAUAAAUAUUUAAAAAUUAUUCGUGACUCAUGUAUUGAAAUUUGGGUUCAAUUCGAAUGGGAUUUAAUGUUUAAAGGCUUGUUUUUGAUGAUUUCCACUUUAAUUUUUUCUUACAUAAUUAUUAACCAACUACCAAAAAAUGAUAUAAUAGAAACAUUUGAUAGAUUAUUUAUCCGAAUCAUCAUAACUAAUUGUAUUGCUCUACUCAUUGUUUAUGUAAUUUACACUCUACAAUUAAUAAUUAACUUUGGUAAUACAUUUUUUUUCAUCAGUGGAGUAAUACUGCAAAUUUUUUUAGCCAUUAUAGUAAUUAGAAAUUGGAGUACGAAAUUAAAAACUUGGAAUAAUAAUUCCAAGAAUAAUACAUUAAAUAAUUCUGUUAGAAUAAUAUUAAUUUUGAUAAUUCUUGGAUUAUUUUCAAAUAGUUAUGUAAUUGAAGAGAAUAAAAUACUUUCAUUUUUAUUGAUAACACAAGUUUGGUUAUCAAUUCAUUCUAUUAUUAAAAAAGACAAUGUAAAUAAUAAUAUUAAUAAUAAUUAUGAUAGAAAAUAUCGAAAAUGUGUUAUUAAUAGUUCUGAAAUUCCAUACAAGCACAAAGUAUUGUUGAUAGUCUGUGGAAUAAUAAUAUGUCUAGCAGUAAGAUUAUCUAGUUACUAUUGGAGAUGUCGUGAAGAACAAAAUCGUGAAUCAUGUGGGCCCUUCAUUUUAGGAAAAACUGGUUCAAUAACAUCAAAUCAAUUAGAAAGAAUAUUGAUAAUGAUUUCUUUGGUGAGUUUAGGAUUAUACAUUUUUAUUGUAAAAAUGUGGUUAAGAAAUUGUGGAAAUUUAUCUGGUUUUUCACUUAACAUAAUAGUUGCACGUAAGUGUCCAGUUUUAACAGCCUGUUUAAUUGUCAGCUAUUGGGUAUUGGAAAGAUUACCUACAUACGACCAAAUAAAAAGCAAUUCAGAAUUUGAAAUGAAGGCAUUAGCUAUAAUAGCCAUAAUAAUUUAUUUUUGUAUUGUUAUUUCUGUUUCUAUAUUAUUUAUCCAACCACUUGGAAUAUUUUUUUUAGAACAAAAUCAACGAACACUUACCGUCUAUAAGAAUGAAAAUGUUAUACCUAAAGUUUUUAAUAAAGUGAAAAAACUUUUUUAUUCAAAUAGAAACAAUGAUGAUGAUGAUGAUGAUAAUGAUGAUGAUGAUGAUGAUGAUGAUGAUGAUGAUGAUGAUGAUGAUGAUGAUGAUGAUGAUGACAAUACUCCGAUUGUUUAUGGUCUCGGCACCGUUUAUAGUGCAGCUUUUAUUACUUUGAGUGUUUUCAUAACACUCCUUGAUGCUUUGUUACUUGGACGUUUUUUAGCUCCUAGUAUUUUUUUAAUGUUUAUUACAUGUACUGCGGUUCUGGUUAUUAUUGGUAUGGAACGACACCAAAAUGCUACUGAUUUUACGGAGCUUCUUCAAAUUCCAAAUUCAGCAAUUUUUUGUUGGUUUUUAAUUGCUGAAUAUUUUUUCUAUGGUACUGGACAUCAACCAACGUUUUCAACCAUUCAAUGGGACGCUGCACUAGUAGGAACUCAUGGUUUUUUUUAUACAAAUAUUGUGCCAACUAUUUUGAUAGGAAUAAAUACAUUUGGGUCCCAUAUACUAUUGGGAUUUACAUUACCUUUAUUAGUAAUCGUGCCAUCGACAAUAAUUGUUAUGAUUCCAAGUCUUUCAAAAGUUCAAUUUCGUGUCAACGACGAAUUGAAGAAAGGUGAACUAGUUCUGUUCGAUCGAUUAUCAACGUUUCAUAACUCACUAUUCUUAGUUGCUGGAAAAUAUAUACUACUUCAUGGAUUGCGAACUUUUGGCUGCAUGUUGGCAACGACAUUUCUUUGUCGCCAUUUAAUGGUGUGGAAAAUCUUUGCUCCAAAAUUAAUUUUCGAAGGGAUCUCAUUUUUAGUAACUUUAGGGAGUGUUAUAAUAUCAUAUUUAAUGAUAUAUAGAAUAGAUAACAAAAUAGAAUUAUUAAUAAUGGGUGUAAACAAAAUAAGGUGA